UGUCCAGUUGCUUUAAUCAAAUCCGAAGCCUGCAAGCCCUGAUUGGUGUGCACUGCUACCUCAAAUCCCAAAACGGACAAGAGAGAAACUCCAUGAGCAUGGAUACAAGCCUGCAAGCCAUCAUUGGUCAGCUCCCUCAACUUCACUCUCCGGCUGCUUUAAUUAAACAGCAACCAGCGACUUUUAUCUUGGCAGGCAACACCAACAGUUUGAUUACAUAUAUGUCAUGUAUGUAUACCAUGGGGUAUCCUACACCAAGAAGAACACAUACUCAUGGCAAAAGCACCCAUGGACACGCUUCAACUAGCCUGCAUCCAGAUAGCCAUAGCCUUGCUCUUGCUUACUCAAGCCAAGAGCACCACAGAGGACACAUCUGCCCUGCAUCCAAACGCUACAAUCACCAGUUGUAUUGCUGGCGAGAGGUCUUCCCUUCUCGCCUUCAGGGCAGGUCUAUCAGACCCUACCAACCUCCUUCCAUCAUGGAAGGGUGAUGACUGCUGCCGAUGGAAGGGCGUCUACUGCAGCAACAGAACCCGCCAUGUUGUCAGGCUCGAUCUCCGAGGCCCAGAUUACAGAAAUGGCAAUCAGAGCAGGCAGGUACUAGCAGGCAACAUAAGCUCCUCGUUGCUUGGUUUACAUCAUCUUCGGUAUCUCGACCUCAGCCAGAACAGGUUCGACAAGAAACAAAUACCGGAGUUCAUCGGUUCUCUCCAUCAGCUGAGAUAUCUCGACCUAUCAUGGUCACAGUUCACUGGAAGGAUACCACCGCAUCUGGGUAAUCUCUCCAACUUACAGUACCUAAAUCUUGACACCAACUCAUACGUGAGUGUUGAUUCUUCUUUCCAUAGUGGCACAUAUUCCACCGAUAUCACCUGGUUGUCACGGUUAACUUCCCUUGAGCACCUGGAUAUGACUGGGGUGAACCUCAGUACAAUUGUUCACUGGCUUCCGGUGGUGAACAUGCUUUCAAUUCUGAAAGUUCUUCAUCUUUCCGAUUGCCAUCUUAGAAGUAGCCCUGAUUCUCUUCUGCUCUCAAACCUGACAUCUCUUGAAACACUUGACCUCUCCGAAAACAAGUUACAUAAGCAUGGCACACCCAACUGGUUUUGGGAUUUAACUAGCCUCAAGUAUCUAGACAUCUCGUUCAAUGCUUUCUAUGGCCCGUUUCCAGAUGAGAUAGGUAAUAUGACCUCCAUUGUGGAGCUUAAUUUAGCAGAAAAUAACCUUGUGGGCAUGAUACCAUCCAAUUUGAAGAACCUAUGUAAUUUGGAGAGACUAUAUUGUUACUCGAACAAUAUCGACGGGAGUAUAACAGAAUUAUUCAACCGAUUACCCAGUUGUUCAAAGAAUAAACUACAGAAGUUGUUUUUACCGUACAACAAUCUGACUGGAAGCCUGCCAACUACACUAGUAGAGCCCUUGAGAAACCUGAGCUGGCUGGAUCUUUCUGAGAACAAACUCACUGGUCAUGUCCCGGUGUGGAUAGGAGAGCUCAAACAGCUAACGAGGUUGGUGCUUAACUCUAAUAACCUGGAUGGGGUCAUGCAUGAAAGCCAUUUAUCACGUCUAGCUAUGUUGAAGGAGUUGACAUUGUCAGACAACUCCAUUGCCAUCACAGUGAGUCCAACUUGGGUUCCCCCUUCCAGUCUAACAAUGAUUCUACUUGGGUCAUGCCAUCUAGGGCCUAAAUUUCCAACAUGGCUUAGAUGGCAAAAGAACUUGCAGAAUCUUGAUAUAUCAAACACAAGCAUAAACGAUAUAAUACCGGAUUGGUUUUGGACAGCAGCUUCCUCAGUAGAGUCUCUGAAUAUCCGAAAUAAUCAGAUUACAGGAUUCCUACCAUCAACAAUGGAAUUUAUGAGAGCAGAAGAAAUGGAUUUCAGUUCUAACCAGCUUGGUGGUCCAAUACCUAAGCUUCCCAUCACUCUAACCGACCUGGAUCUCAGUCGGAACAAUCUAGUUGGGCCACUACCAUUAGACUUUGGAGCGCCAGGGCUUGAAACACUUAUUCUGUAUAACAACAUGAUCUCUGGGGCCAUUCCAUCUUCUUUGUGCAAAUUGCGAUCAUUGCGGUUAUUAGAUCUAUCAAGAAAUAACCUCAAUGGAUCAGUUUCCGAUUGCCUAGUCAAUGAGUCCAGCACAAACAUGACAGAUCUGAGCAUCGUUAAUCUAAGCUUCAGAAACAACAACCUCUCUGGUGAAUUUCCUUCACUUCUUCAGAAAUGUCCACGACUCAUCUUUCUUGAUCUCGGACAUAAUCAAUUCUCUGGGGCUUUACCGUCAUGGAUUGGGGAGAAGCUAUCAUCCCUGUCAUUCUUACGACUGAGAUCCAAUAUGUUUUGUGGUCACAUUCCAGUCGAGCUUACGAAGCUUGUUGAUCUUCAGUAUUUGGACCUUGCCUACAAUAAUAUAUCAGGCAGCAUACCGAGAUCUAUUAUUACUUGGACAGGCAUGACACAAACAAGCGACAACUUUUUUGAUCUUGAGCAUGCGUUAACUUCUGGAAGUGAGGAUGGUGAGAGUCAACCAGUUGACUAUGCUGAGAAUUCCACGAUACUCACGAAAGGUCAAGAGAGAUUCUAUACAGGAGAAAUCAUAUAUAUGGUGAAUCUUGAUUUAUCCUGUAAUAGUCUUACCGGAGAGAUUCCUGAAGAAAUCAGCACUCUUAUGGAAUUGAAAAACCUGAACUUAUCAUGGAACAACUUCAAUGGAAAAAUCCCUGAGAAUGUUGGUGCCUUAAUGAAAGUGGAGUCACUCGACCUAUCACACAAUGAUUUGUCUGGUGAAAUCCCUUCAAGCUUAUCGGCUCUCACGUCAUUGAGUCGCCUGAACCUGUCCUACAACAAUCUGAGAGGAAAGAUACCAACUGGAAAUCAACUGCAAACACUCGAAGACCCAGCAUCUAUUUAUAUUGGCAACCCUGGCCUUUGUGGUCCUCCUCUCUCUGUAAAUUGUUCGUCACAGCCCGAGCCAAUUCCAGGAGAAAACCACGGAGAUGCAAGCGGCGACUUGGUUUCGUUUUUCCUCGCCAUGGGCUCUGGAUAUGUGAUGGGUCUCUGGGUGGUCUUCUGUACCUUCUUAUUCAAGAAGAGAUGGAGAGUUUCGUGGUACUCGCUCUGUGACAGCCUGUAUGAUUGGGUUUAUGUGCAAGUGGCUGUUACCUGGACUUCCUUCAGAGGUAUUGUACUAGAACUAGUCAGGAUAUGUAUUCAAGGUGCAUUCAACCGACUGGGGUUGUUUAUGGUUCUUUUCAAUGUGCUUUUACCCCAUGAUAAGGAGGAUGAAACUGGUGAUGGCAAGGAUGAUGAUAACAUGGCAGAUGACAUAGACUGCUCGAUUGAUUACUGCUUCAAAGGUUCAGCUCUCUUGGAUUAUUCGAUUGAGCCUGACCAUUGUCGAUUUGUCGAACUGUGUCCUCCCUGUGGUAAUGACUGUCAGUUGUGUGCCUCUGCUUUAUUAUAGUAGUAUAACAAAGCAACAUAUUUGCAACCCAAGCGCUGUUGUGUAUCCUUAUCUUAGCGCAGGUUCCUUCACUUGCACAAGUGCACAUGUUAUUGCAUAUGCACAUGGAAAAUGUGAGUUCAGAUAAUGCUUGUAUCUUGUAUAUAUUGGCUUUGUUAAUCUGUUUAUUAACUC